AUGCAGCCACCAGCGCCGGGCCCAAGGCCAAACACCACCAGGCCAACACUGCUCACCGCAAGUCAUCUGCCGUCACCGCACACACGGACGCCAAAUGCUGCCACCACAACGCCCACAACUUUGCCGGCUCCGCUGAACGCCCGUCAACGCCGGAACUUACAACGUAUGCGGGACUACCGGGCCCGACAACCAGGUUCCCAGCAAUACCGCCUGGAAAAACCGGCCUCCACAGCCCCUCCAACCACCACCCCGACAAGGGUAGCGCCGCAGCAAGGAACCGCGCCACCGGCCCCCGCCGUAACCUCGGUACCGGAGGUAGUAAUACCUACCGGAACAACCGGGGCUACGGAACAACCAGCAGCCGCCCCUCCGCAAACCGUUGAUAUGGAAAUAUCAGCGGAGGAGGAGGCGGAAUUGUUGGGAGGACCGGACGCGCACCUUGCCGACGAGGAUGAUAUUAUGGAGACGGUGUUCGAUAACACGUUCCAUAGUCUCCCGGCGUCACCUCGACGGGAGUAG